AUGGACUACAAACCCCAAUCGCCCUACAAACGAACCAAGGGCGCCGCUGCCACGGUUCCACCCCUUGUUCGCAGUGGUUCUGCCAAUCUGUUGGAGCGUUCCACGUUCAGUGGCACUACUUGGAAGCCCAAGCGGCUUGAACUCGACAGCGAGUCGCUGACAAUCAUCAAUCCCUCGUCAAACAAGCGCACUCGCAUCAGUCUGCAAGACAUCACCGAGCUCGAGCGAACAGACCUGGCAGACCAUGCACUCGAACUAAAGACAAAGAUCAAGCGGUACAACUUCUCAUUCACCACCGACUCGGAAUUGUAUGACUGGCAGGACGAUAUCUACCAGCGGUGUCCUCUAGGCAACUACAGCGCACCCUUCGAUUUUGUGCACAAGUCGCAUAUAGGAUCGGAUUCGGUGGCGGGUACAUUCACGGACGCGAACAUUCUCCCCAUCUAUGCAGAGAUCAUUGGCGGACAGCCGGCUGUUUCCAAAACCUCUCCAUCCAUCGUCGCCUCGCCCCGCUCACGGCCUGCAUCUGCUUCUCCACUCGCCGCUGUGCCAAAGGGCAGCUCAUCGCCAUCACACCCGGUCCUGGAUGGACUUUUUGCGAUCAAACAAACAGGCCUCUUCGCGGGUUGGCUGUGGAAAGAACGAUGGCUGACACUCACGCCACAGGCUCUUGUCAUUCAUCGGCGAAGUACCAAGUCCUCGCCGGCAUCGAAGAGUAUUCCACUACCCGCUCUCACCCGAAUCGACAUCGACGUGAAACGGGACAAUUGCCUCAUUGUCGAGUUCACCACCCGCCCAAGCUCCUCCACAUCCUCAGGGUCCGUGCCGACCGAUAUACUAGCGAUUGUGUUUAAGGGCAAUACGAAUUUAUACGAAUGGCGCGACGCGCUGUACCUCCGCAGCGCGCUCUCCUCGCCGAUCGGAAACCCGACCAGUUUCGUCCAUCAUGUGCACGUAGGGUUUGACCCUGUAACGGGUGCCUUUACCGGUCUUCCGGCUGAAUGGAACUGCGUUAAUCCAGGACCGUCGCCUUCCUCUGAGAAGAAGGCGCGCCGCCAGUCAAGGCGUAGAUCUGCGCCCCUGGUGGCCUCUAAUUGA